AUUGUCGAAAUGGCAAUCACCCACAUCACAUGCAGAUCCUCCCUAAACCACUCGAUCAUCCCGCCCCCACUCCUCCUCCUCCUCAUCCAGGUAGAUCCCAACAGCCGAUCAGAUCUCCCACUCCAUUAUUCGCCUCGCCCAUUGCCCCGUGGCCACGGGCGAAGCCGGAGGGAGGGGAGAGACGCGGUUCCUCGGUCGCCAUGGACGGGCUCAUCAAGGGGCUGAUCAACGUGGCGAUCGACGCCGUCGAAGGCGCCGGACGAGGUGAGCGGGGCGGCGAGGACGACGCGCCGAGGAGGCACCGCCCCGCGCGGGAGGAGGAGGAGGGCCGCGGCGACGAGCGGUCGCGGUCGACGUGGGCCGAGGUGGUCUCCGAUCACAAGGGCGGCGAGGCGGAGGAGCGCCCGGACCAUCGGAAUUCGAGGCGGGAUGGGAGGCAAGAGAGGAGGGAGGAUGGGGAUUGGGAGAGGGUGGAUGGCCGGAAGCAGCAUCAGCACAACCAGUAUGAGGAAGAGUACAGGAGGGACAGUAGUAGCCGACGCCCACAGCAGCAUCAGCAAGCGCCAGCUUACAGGAGGCAGCAACAGGAUGGAGAUGAGAGAAAUGAUGGAGGGUGGCAGACUGUUGGUGAGAAAAAGCAUCAUGGAAGGCCACAGCAGUCUGAAGCAUGGAAUGCAUACAGAAGGCCACCAUCUGAACAACAGUACUGUGAGGAUGCUGGUCAGAUCCACCAUGGCCUAAAUGUAGAACCAACCAGGGAGGAGCUCAACAGCUUAUCAAGAGCUUGUAGCCGGCUGUGGGAACUCGAUAUGAACCGCCUAACACCUGGUAAGGACUACAGAAUCGAAUGUGGCGAAGGGAAGAAGGUAUAUCAGAAGGGUGAUAUGGCAUCUGAAACUUUGUUCAGCUGGCUAGGCGAUGAUGUGCUUAGAAAGCCCACCUACUCUCGUUUCUGCGCGCUUCUUGACAAUUACAAUCCACAUCAAGGGUACAAAGAAGUUGUUACUCAGCAGGACAAGCACGAGGAAGUAGCAUUUAUUGAAGAGAUUGCCAGGACAGCGCCAAUCAAGUACUUACACCGGUAUUUAGUGCUCAAGGGAGUCGCGUCUCAAGACUAUGAGGACUUCAAGAGAAUGCUGACAUCGCUAUGGUUCGAUUUGUAUGGAAGAGGUGGCAGUUCUAGCAGCUCUUCUGCAUUUGAGCAUGUGUUCGUUGGUGAGAUCAAGGGACGACGAGGACAGGGAGAGAAUGAGGUCUCAGGAUUCCAUAAUUGGAUUCAGUUUUACCUGGAAGAAGCCAAUGGGAAUGUGGAUUACCAAGGUUACAUAUUCCCAAGGAGGCGUGGGGAAUCGCCUGAUUCAGAGACACAGCUAUUGACUAUUCAGUUUGAGUGGCACGGUGUUCUGAAAUCGGUAUCCAGCACUCUGAUUGGUGUCAGCCCUGAGUUUGAGGUUGCACUCUACACGCUCUGCUUCUUUAUGGGAGGGGAAGAUAACCGCGUUGAGAUUGGCCCGUACGGAGUAAACAUCAAGUGCUACCGAAUGGGAAACAGCAAAAUUGGGUCAGCAUUUCCAAUUGCAGAUAACUGAAUUCGUUCCAUGCCUGCUCCUGCGUGUAUGUGAUUCCUUCAGCUUUCAGUUUCACGAAGUUAUUAGUGUGCUGUUCGAUUUGGUCGUUUACACAAAAGAACCACAUUGUUCAAUUUGUUGUCACAAUGUCUCUACUGAAAAUUGUAUUAUUUGGAUUAACCAUGCUGUACAAGUUGUAGUCACAAAGUCCUGUAAUUUGUUUUUCUCAAAACCCGUAACAAAAAAAUAUCAUCUCAGCACAAAAAAAAAA